AUGCGACUGAAUCAUAUAGAGCAUCAUAUUGAGCAACAACUUAAUCUUUCGUCAAUCAUAUCGAAUUCCUAUGAUAACCUUAUUAAGUAUGGCAUAGAAAACGUCACUUCUCAGAGAAUUAAUUUACGCCUCAGUAAUCUUAAAGAAAAUUGGGACAAAUUUCUUGUUCAUGAUGCCAUUACUUUAGCUAUUCGUGAAUUAGAUGAAAAUGACAAAAUUGUUAUUCGCAAUAAUCCGACGCUUUCUCCAGUAGAGAAAUUACAAUAUUUGAAAACGAGUCUGACCGGCACCGCGGGUCAUAUGUUAAGUAAUACUGCAUUAACUGCAGAUAAUUUUUCUAAAGCUUGGGAAUCUUUAAUAUUAUUUUAUGAAAAUAAGAGACUCUUAGUCAAUGCAGCAUUGAGUUCUUUAUUCAAUUUAAAACGCAUGACCAGAGAAUCAUCAGCGGAUUUGGAAAAAUUGUAUACUACUGUCACCCAAAUUUAUAGAACUCUGGAGACUUUGGGGAGACCAGUGAAUUCCUGGGAUGACUUUCUGAUUUUUAUAAUGAUUCAACGAAUGGACUCUGAAUCGGUUAAAGCAUGGGAACAACAUAUUGGUUCAUCGAGAGAGCUUCCCACUUGGAAGCAAUUUAUGGAGUUUCUCAUCACUCGAGUAGUGACCCUACAAAAUUAUGAAAAGGCUCGUGCAGGUAAGCCUCUACAACCAAACCAAAGUACUAUAAAAGCUCAUUUUCAGGGCAAAUUUAAGGAUGAGAGCUCAUCGUCAUGCCCUUUUUGUUCUGAAUCACAUUGGCCGUACCAUUGCCCUCAGUAUAAAUCAAAGACGCUACCACAACGCGUCGCUCUUGUAAAAAGACAUAGGUUAUGCUAUAACUGUUUUGGACCACAUCGAGCAGCUAAUUGUCGAAUGACAGUUCAUUGUAAGAAAUGUGCUGGUAAACAUCACGUGUCGCUUCAUCGUGGAAAUUUUGAUACUUCCAAUUUUAAGGUGAGUCUGUCGAAAUCUCAAAAAACAGAAAAGGUGGAUGAAUCUUCUGAAGUAGGUUCAGACGUAAAUUCAAAAAUAAAAGAAUCUCAAGUUCUUCAUGCCACUAGCCGAGAAAUAAUUAGUAGUCCAGGCGUGCUUUUGGCAACCGCUCUUGUUCUGGUUGAGUCUAGAAGUGGACAAUCGUCCAAAGCUAAGGUUUUAAUAGAUCAAGGAUCGGAAGUGUCCUUAAUUACUGAACGGUUAGCCCAACGUUUACAGUUGUCUCGGACAAAGUCUCAAAUUUUCCUGAUAGGAAUAGGCGGAAAGAAAUCGAAUAAAACUAAGGGUUUGACUUCUUUCCAAUUAAAGCCACAUUUUACUUCGACACUUGAAUUUCCAGUAACUGCUCAUAUUCUUCCAAAACUUACAGCUGCUGUACCGUCCUUUUCAGUUAAAGGGUUUUCAUGGCCUCACUUAAAUGGAUUACAAUUAGCAGAUCCCGAGUAUUUUGUACCUAGUACGAUUGACAUUAUCCUUGGAGCCGAUGUUUACUGCCAAAUAUUACAGGAAGGCGUUAUUAAAGGACCGCCUGGUUCUCCAAUUGCGCAGUCUACCGGAUUAGGUUGGAUCAUCUCUGGUCCUGUUUGCCCAAUGACAUCCUCAUUGAAAGUUCAUAGCUUCCAUAUAUCGGUCGAGGAUGAUCUCUAUGAGUUGAUCCAUAGAUUUUGGGAGCUUGAUGAAGUAGUUCCAGCAAAGGCGUCUAUUCUUUCGUCCGAAGAAUUAGCCUGUGAAGAGCAUUUUGUCUCCACCCAUUCGCGGAAUAAAGAUGGGAGAUGCAUAGUGAGGCUUCCCUUUUGUAAACCUGUUGAGCAGUUAGGCGACUCAAAGAAAAAGGCCACCCGCAUGAUGCUCAAGUUGUCUAAUAAACUUUCUGUUAAUUCUGAAUACCUAAAAUUGUAUUCCGACUUUCUCGAUGAAUACGAAACACUGAAGCAUAUGCGGAUUGUUUCUAAUGAUCUUCCCGAGCCAAAUCAUGCAUUUUAUCUUCCACAUCACGGAGUACUAAAGGAACAGAGUCUUACGACCAAAUUACGCGUGGUCUUCAACGGUUCUAGCGUUACCACUUCAGGCUUUUCGCUAAAUGACUUAUUGCAUACAGGAGCUAAAUUACAGACAGAGUUAUUCGAUGUUUUAAUUUGGUUCCGUCGAUUUAGAUACGUCUUUUCAUCUGACAUAGAAAAAAUGUAUCGCCAAAUUGAAGUUCACAAGGACGAUUGGAACUUUCAAAGAAUACUAUGGUUUGAUCGCUCACUCCAAUUAUGUACUUAUCAGUUAACCACCGUUACCUAUGGGUUGGCGUGUGCCCCCUUUUUAGCUUUGCGAACGAUUCAGCAACUAAUAGAUGAUGAGGGCCCACACUUUCCAUUAGCGACUCCCUGUUUACGAAAAGGAAGGUAUGUAGACGAUCUCUUUGGAGGAUCGGAUACAAUUGAAGAGACGCAAUCUAUUAUAAAUCAAGUAAAAAUGCUUUGUAUGGCGGGCGGCUUCAAAUUACAAAAAUGGUGCGCAAAUAAUCCAAACGUACUUCUCUCAGUUCCCAAAGAGGAACAAGUUUCUUCAUUAGCUAUUGACAUUAAUGAUGGAGCUUUCGUUCAUAUUUUAGGACUUCGGUGGCAACCAACAACUGAUACCUUUCAAUUCACGUUUGAUUAUCAAUUUGAUGGUGAGAUUACCAAGAGAAAGGCACUGUCGACAAUUGCUAAGCUAUUUGACCCCCUUGGUUUUUUGUCACCGAUCCUCAUCAAUGCUAAAAUCUUUAUCCAAGAAUUAUGGGCAAUUAAGGUAGGAUGGGAUGAUCCUUUGCCUCCUCACAUUGCCAAUCAGUGGCACAACUUUGUAGAUGAAUUACAAGAAAUACCACGGAUUACCUUCCCUCGAUGGAUAGGCCUUACUGGUGAAUGUCAAGUAGAUCUUCACGGAUUCUCAGAUGCCUCGCAAAAGGCUAUGGCGGCUGUAGUUUAUCUUCCUGAGUGGAGAUUUGUAUCGGGUCAAGACAACCCAGCGGAUGUAGCUACUCGAGGACUUACGCCCUCUCAACUACUAAACUGUCCUAGUUGGUGGAACGGUCCUCAUUGGCUAUCGCAAGCAAGUACAUCUUGGCCACAUGGUCCUAUACCCUCUUCUCAAGAAGGGAACCUUGAAGAAAGACCAGCGCAAACACAUUCAAUUCUAGCUAGUCCGGACAAGGAAUGGGACCUUCUUCUAAGAUAUUCCAAUUUAAUGAAAUUGUUCCGCAUUACGGCUAUCUGUCAACGUGCAGUUUCUAAGUUUCGAAAAAUUCCACUAAUGACCUUCUCACCAUCUCUCACAACAGAAGAGCUAAAUACUGCAAAAAUAUUCUGGGUAAAGGUCACUCAACAGCUGUUCUUCCCCACUGAGAUUAAGGUUCUCUCUAAGGGACAACAGAUUCCACGUUCAAGCCCUUUAAUACGACUUACUCCCUUUUUGGAUUCUUCUGGGCUGUUAAGAGUCGGCGGUCGCCUUCAAAAUUCGCUUCUUAAUGAAGCAGAGAAACACCCUCUUAUUCUACCAAACAAGUCAGCCUUGACUUCUCUCAUUAUAUCAGAUGCUCAUGUUCGAGCACUCCAUGGAGGUACACAAGUCACACUAUCUAUUAUUCGCAAAGAUUAUUGGCUUAUUGGAGGUAGAACCCCUGUACGAUCAUGGAUCCUCAAAUGUGUUCCCUGUGCCCGGUUUCGGCAAAAAAGAGCUCAACAACUAAUGGGGCAGCUUCCGUUAGAACGAAUCACGCCUUCACGGCCGUUUGCACACACCGGUGUUGAUUAUGCCGGUCCCUUUACAACGAAAACUUGGAAAGGAAAGAAUGCCCGCACCUAUAAAUCCUAUAUUGCUCUCUUCGUUUGUUUUGCCACGUCAGCCGUGCAUUUAGAGCUUGUAACGGAUUAUUCAGCCGAAGCUUUCAUCGCUGCCUACAAACGGUUCGUGUCAAGACGAGGAAUCUGCACGACGCUCACCAGUGAUUGUGGCACUACGCUCAAAGGAGCUGACGCUGAAUUACAAAGACUUUUCUCUACUACCACGCAAGAGUCAACUAAGUUAGCACGACUUCUAGCAAAUCAUGGUACCCAAUGGAAGUUUAACCCCCCUUCCGCUCCUCACUUUGGAGGGAAAUGGGAAGCAGGGGUUAAAUCAAUGAAACACCAUCUACUGAGGAUUGUUGGUAAUACUCUUUUAACCUAUGAGGAAAUGAGUACCUUAUUAGCUCAGGUUGAAGCAAUUCUUAAUUCUCGACCCUUGAGCCCAUUAAGCAAUGAUCCGGAUGAUCUUCUUGCUCUCACAUCAGGUCAUUUCCUCAUUAGUUAUGCACCGGUCACCAUUCCAGAACCUUCUCUUGAAUUGGUUAAGACUACCCAUUUAUUACGUUGGCAAUUGAUUCGCAAAAUGCUAGAGUCAUUCUGGAGCAGGUGGUCUCAAGAGUGUCUUCAAAGAUACUAUUCAAUGUCUAAGUGGAACAAUCAAGUUCCUUCGCUAAAUAUAGGAACGUUAGUUCUUAUUAUUGAUGAACGAUACCCCCCGUCAAAAUAG